AUGAGGGCAUUUGGAUCAUUCAAUUUUAGGACUUUUGGACUUCACAAUUUAAAAUAUAGACAUAUAUUCUCUAGAUUUUUAAGGAUAAAGAAUCGUACUUGUGUGCAGAUUGUGUUCCCUCAGUUGAAAAGCUUGCGAUUGUCCUCGAUUAAAACCGAAAGGAUAUGGCACAACCAGCUUUCAGAAACAUAUUGUGAUUGCCUUCCCAAUUUGAAGAGCAUCAUCAUUGAGGACUGUGAUAACUUACAACAUCUGUUAUUACCCUCUGUUGCUAGAAGCCUGAUUCAUCUCGAACACUUUGAGAUAGUGGAUUGCAAAUGCUUAAGACAAAUAAUAUUUACGGAGGAAAUAAAAGAAGAACAGGAAGAUGCAAUUUGCUUCCCUCGAUUAAACUCCCUAAAAAUAAAGAAUCUUUCCAAUCUCAUCAAAUUUGGUUCAGGAAAUUAUAAUAUUGAGUUCCCAUCACUGAAAGUGCUGGAGAUUGGGAACUGCCCUAUACAAGAAUUUAUUAGCGAAUCUAAAAUGGAGGGGAAAUAUGAGUCAAGUAUACAAGCUCUGUUCAAUGGGAAGGCUGCAUUUCCUAGCUUGGAAAGGAUGAGAUUGUUCAGCCUGAGAAAUGUGAAGAUGAUAUUCCAUGACCAACUUCUAGCAGGUCCUCUAGAUUCUCAACUAAGGGAAUUGGAUAUUCGGGAUCUACCACAACUGAAGCACGUUUGGAAUAAAGAUCCCCAAGGAAGUCUUACCUUUCAAAAUCUACGAAAGGUAAGGGUUACGUAUUGUGGGAGUCUGAAAAAUCUAUUUCCUGUAUCAAUAGCCAAAGAUCUUCCCCAACUCGAAGAUCUAACAAUAAGUGAUUGUGGGGUGGAGGAGAUUGUGUCGUUAGGGGAAGGAUUGGAGCAGCCGGUUAGGUUCAGGUUUCCUCGAGUGUCUUCACUGGAGCUUACAUACCUAGAAGAACUGAAAUGUUUCUAUCCAGGGCAACAUACAAUAGUCUGGCCCAUGUUGAAAAAAUUGAAGACAGAUUGUUCUACUUUUAUAAAGAUAGUAGCUUCAGAGCGUCUUAGCAGCCAAGAAAUGAAUGAGAAUGACCGAGGAGAAUCCACAAAAGGACAAUCACUUUUCUUAGGUGAAGAGGUCAUUCCCCAAUUAGAGGAAUUGCGGUUAUCUGAAAUUGAUGACAUUGAAAUGAUAAGUGACAAUCAGUUUCGUGCAGACUUCUUUCACCGUAUUAAAGUUUUCGAGGUGAAUGGCUCCAAUUUUCCAAUUGGUUUCGUCCGAAGAUUGAACAAUCUUGAAAAUCUUGAGUUGUCUUGUUGUGACUUCAAAGAUCUAGUCUCUUGUGAAGGCGAUCUUGCUGAAACGCCUGACGCUGGGACACUCUCACGCAUUAGAAAAUUAAAGUUGGAUUCUUGUAAAAAUCUUAGAUAUAUAUGGAAGAAAGAGUCAGAGUUAGGCCACAUUCUUUCUAAUCUGGAAACUCUUGAAGUUCUGUGGUGUAAUGAUUUGAUAAAUUUUGGACCCUCCUCAGCAUCGUUUCGAAAUCUCACAACUUUGGAAGUGGAAAGGUGCAACAAGAUGAUAAACUUAGUUACACCUUCAGCAGUCCAGAGUCUGGCACAACUAACAAAAAUAAGGAUAGAAGACUGCGGUAGGAUGACAGAAAUAGUUGCAAACGAAGGAGAUGAGAAUGAGAUCACUUUCAGCAAGUUGAAAUAUUUAGAACUCGACUUUUUACAGAGCCUCGCAAGCUUUUGUCCAGGGAAUCAUACGUUUAAGUUUCCAUCCUUGGAAGACUUAAUUGUGAGUCACUGUCCUAGCUUGAAGGUUUUUUCUCAGGGAGUUUCAACCACCCCCAAAUUACAGAGAGUAAAAGAAUCGCGUUACGAUCACAGUGGGCGUUGGGCUGGUGACCUUGAUACCACCAUACAACAGUUGUACUCCGAAAAGGGUGGAUACCAUCACCGAUAUGAUUUGGAGCUCUCAGACACAUUUUCUGAGUUGAUGGAAAUAUGGAAUAGGAACCCUCAAGAAAUUUUGAACUUCAAAAACCUUGGACAUCUGGAAGUUGGUAAUUGUAGCAGCUUGAAAUACAUUUUUACCCCCUCUAUGGCUUUGAGGCUUAGGCAAUUACGGAAGUUCAAAGUAAAAGAAUGUCCCUCGAUGGAAGCAGUCAUCAUGGAACAGGGAGUUGAGGAGGAAGAAACGAGGACAGAUAAGUUCACAUUCCCCCACCUCUACUCCAUUCAAAUUGCGUCAUGUUCCAACUUGACAAGUUUUUAUUUGGGAAGUCGAGCUCUUAAAUUUCCAAAUUUGCAAGUAGUGAGGAUAGCGGACUGUCCAAGAAUGAGUACAAUUGCUUCUUCAUCUUCAAGAGACAAGGAGAAAGAGGCGAGUGGUGAUAGAAGUGAAAAAUGGGAUAUUACUACAACUUUUUUCAGCGAUAAGGUUGUGUGUCCCAAAUUGUACAAUUUGAAUCUGUCCUCAGUUAACGUUCAAAAGAUAUGGCAUAUCCAACAACUAGCAUCCUCUUUUCAUGUUCAGAAUUUGGAAUGGAUUACGAUACAGGGCUGUCACAAUUUGAAAUACCUGUUUCCAUCUGUCAUGGUAAAACAUUUUGCGCAACUCCGUUACCUUUCGAUUUUGGACUGUAAGAUCAUGGAAGAAGUAAUCCUCAUGGAAGGAUUGACAGAAGAAGAAAGGACGAGCAAGAUGUCGUUCCCCACUCUAGAUUUCCUAAAGCUCAAAGACCUUCCCAAACUCAGAAGAUUCUGCUACGAAACUGACAAUGAAUUCCCCUUAUUGAGAACGCUAAACCUAAUAAACUGUCCUAUAUUGAAGACAUUCACCUCUAACUCUGUGAUUGACGAAGUUGGAGAUGAACCUCAAAUUGAUCAGAAUGCGCAAGGAAAUAACUCGGCUCUCUUUAAUGAAAAGGUGAUCUUCCCUGGGCUAAAGACGUUGACAAUCAAAGCUAUGGGGAGCUGUAGAAGGAUAUGGCAGGAUCAACUCACUGUGAAUUCGUUUUGCAAACUACAUAAUAUAUGGGUUGCAGGCUGUGGAGCACUCCGAAAUACCUUCCCCUUUAACAUGAUGGAAAGACUUGAGGAACUAAACAAGUUGCAGAUUGUGAAUUGUGAUUCAUUAGAGGAAAUAUUUGAGCCACAAGCACUCAUUGCUAAUCAAUCACAUGCAAUAACAGCUACUCAGUCUAUUGUGGUAGAAACAGAGACUAAGUUUGUAUUUCCCAAAAUGACGUAUCUUCGACUUGAUAAAUUGCCCAAAUUGAAAAGUUUUUACUCUAAGACAUAUGUCACAGAAUGGCCAUCAUUGAAAAAAAUGAAGGUGAUUGAAUGUCACAAAGUAGAGAUAUUUGCUUCAAAAUGUCCUUGCUUUGGAGAAACGCAUGUAGCAAGUCAGGUUAAAAUCUCAAAUCAACAACCCUUGUUUCAGGUCAAUGAGGCUACGUUCCCUAUCUUAGAAGAAUUAAGCUUGAAGCAGAACGAUACUAUGAAAGGGACAUGGCAUAGCCAAGUACUCUCAACAAAAUGUUUCAGGAAACUAAAAGUUCUUGAGCUCAUGUCUGUUCCUGAGAAAUCAACUGCUCUUCCAUAUUGUUUCAUUCAGUCAUUACCAAAUCUUGAAAAGCUUGUUCUGAGUGAUGCUUCCUUCUAUCAAAUAUUCUGGUCUGAAGAACUCAGUGAUGAGGAAAGACAUGCGUCGUCACUCACUCGGUUAAGUGAAUUGAGGUUGUCUAAACUUUCAGAGUUGACAAAUCUCUGGAAGGAAGGGUUCCAACCCAUACCAGCUUUCUGUAACCUGAGAAUUCUUCAAGUGCUGGAAUGUGGCAAAUUAAAGACUUUAGUGCCAUCUUUGGUGUCUUUCAAAAAUUUAAAAAAUCUAGAAGUUUCAAGAUGUUAUGGAUUCAUAAAUUUGAUAACAUGCUCAACAGCUAAGAGCUUGAUGGUACUCGAAAGAAUGAGCAUAACUGAUUGUGAGAUGAUAGAGGAAAUCAUAGCAUGUGGGGGUGAUGAAAUGCAAGGUGGUAUUGUCUUUACCCGACUGAAGUAUUUGCAAUUAAGUUGUCUACCAAGUCUAGCAAGCUUUUGCUUAGGGGAUCACAACUUUGAAUUCCCAGUCUUGCAAAAGGUGAUUGUAAGAGAGUGCCCAAAAAUGAAGAUUUUCUGUCAAGGAGAUUUAAGCACACCAAAGCUGAAGCAAGUGCAAUUGACAGAAGAUGAAGAAAAAGUGCGGUGGGAAAAUGACCUUAAAACUACUGUAAAACAGAUGUUUGAAGAAAUGAAUGUCCAAAAUUCUGAAGUGGCUGAGGUUAUCGUAUAGUUGCCCAAGCUGGAAUAAGGCAAUAUGCAUGUUUUGGUGUCUGUGAGACAGGCUCAUUUUCCUUGAAUUGAAAUCCAUCUGAUGAUUGAAUUGUUCUACUGAAGAAUGAAUUAGCUGCCUAGUUGUCGGCCAGCGUCCUUGGAAUCCAAAAGGUAUUUUUUAUAGUUUCCUCGUAUGGUACAUAUUAAGAGUCCAAGGAAGACAAUGGGAUUUGACCCUUGAAUCUUAACAUUCAAAAGAUAUGGCAUAUCUAACAACUAGCAUCCUCUCUCUAUGUUCAGAAUUUGGAAUGGAUUAAGAUAAAGGGGUGUCACAAUUUGAAAUAUCUGUUUCCAUCUGUCGGGGUAAAGCAUUUUGUGCAACUCCAUAGCCUUUCAAUUUUGGACUGUAAGAUCAUGGAAAAAUAAUCUUCGUGGAAGGAUUGACAGAAGAUGAAAGGAUGAGCAAGAUGUGGUUCCCUCAACUAAAAUUCCUAAAGCUCCAAGACCUUCCUAAACUCAGAAGAUUCUGCUAUGAAACUGACAAUGAAUUCCCCUUCUUGAGAGAGCUAGUCCUCACAAACUGUCCUGUAUUGAAGACAUUCAUCUCUAUAUCUGCAAUUGAAGAUGUUGGAGAUGAACCUCAAAUUGAUCAGAACGCACAAGGAAAUGACCUAGAGCUUGAUAACUCCGCUCUCUUUAAUGAAAAGGCCUCUCAUGUUGCUUCAAAGCAACCCUUCCACUCAAAUGAACCUUCAUUUCUCAAAGCUCUAGCAACUGUUGCAAUGUCCACUGGCAAUCCUGCACAUUGUUUUGGCUACCUCAAUUGAUACAGAUCGCAACUCAGGACUUCAACAUUGUUCCCCGCCAUCUUCUUAAACAGGUCACAAGCUUCAUUUUUGUUUUCUCAAAACACUGAUUACAAAAGUAUUCUUAGCAUCCAUCCCAUUGGAUAGAACAUUAUGAUCUCUGGAUGUCAGCAGCAUCUUGCAUCCAUUGUGUUGAUCUCCAAAAGGAAUUUCGACUACCUCGAGAUCUAGUCUUGCCCUAAUAUCAUCUAAAACAACAAGAAUAUUCUUCUUUUUCUUCAAUCUUUCGCACAAUCAACAUGCUCUUUGUAAAAGCAAGAGACGACCGGAUACAAACUUAAAAAACGGAUCUGAUUCAUGGAUGUAAUGUAUCCACAUUUUUUUACAAAGUUACAUGGUAUGGUGAUAAGGCUUAUCUACAUUUAAAUUUGAACAAUACAAUGAUGAUCAGCACGAUCCUAUUGAAUUUAAAAAUAUCAAGUCUUGAACAACUGCCAUAGAUAGACUUUGCUUUGAAUCUUCAGCUGCUUGAAUGGAUAAGUGCUUGAGUACUCGAACCCUUGCUGUCAAAGUGGAUAAGACUUAUUUUGCGACUGU